GAGCGGCCUGGAAAAUAAACAGCCGCGGCAACAAGGCGGGCAGGAAGGGGGGCGGGGAAGGCGCGAGCCGACAGUGACAAGAGGAAGUCCUGCCUCUUCCGCUCCCGGCUGGCCAAUCGCAGAGCAAAAGGCCGUAGAGCGGGCCAAUCGUUUAAAUAUCCCUGGGCAUCGCUUAAGGGCGAAGGAAGCGGGAGGUGAGGGGGCCGCUCGUUUGGGCCCGGCUGCGGGAGAUUAAGUCGCCUCCCCGUCCCAAGAUGGGCGCCGCUGAAAGAGGUGGGCGGGCCCGCUCCGACGAGUUCCGGGCAGAGGGGGGCGCAGGAAGGAACCCCCCCGAAGGCGAGGGACCCUAAUUUCGGAGGGCGACACCCAUUUUCCCCCUCACCCCAUUCCCACGUUCUCCUAACACUUGUUGCCCCUCAGCUGAUAGGAGUCGGGGUUCAGCAGCUCCGGGGUGGGGUGGGGACCACAGGUUCUCGUUCCCUGUGGUAAUAAUGCUUUCCAUAUGGCUCUCCCCUUGCAUGGGAGCGAGCAAAAACUUGCUGUUCGGAUCCUCGCGACGGGGUGAACUCCAAGCAUUGCUCCGUCCCAGCUUCUGACAACUGGACUUAACCAUCCAGGGGUCCUUUACCUUUUUACCUAUGUAAAACAGCGGGGCCACCUCAGCCCCUAUCUCUGUAGAAACACAGCUCAGUCGUCUGUGAUGUGAGUUUUCUCUUAAAAGCAUCAGAUCCCCAGCCUCCCACCCCCGCUCCUAUCUGGAAAUCUUCUGAUGCUCUACUACAGUGUGAUCUAAUUUAACAUGGUUAUUUUUCCUUUUUUUUUUUUUUAAAAAAAAGACCUAACCAACUUUGAAACGACCCAGUAAAGGUAAAUUGGUAAAGGACCCCUGGAUGGUUAAGUCCGGUUAAAGGCAACUAUGGGGCUCAUUUCGCUUUUCAGGCUGAGGGAGUCGGCGUUUGUCCGCAUACAGCUUUCCUGGGUCAUGUGGCCAGCAUGACUAAACCGUUUCUGGCACAAUGGGACACCAUGCCAGAGCGCACAGAAACGCCGUUUACCUUCCCGCUGCAGCGGUACCUAUUUAUCUACUUUCAAACUGCUUUUGAACUGCAAGGUGGGCAGAAGCCGAACUUCCAACCAACACAAAUACUGGGUUGCCCAAUAUUGUUUUUGCAAUCAGUAUCCAUGAAUGGUUGCCAGUAAUGAAUUUAUUGGAGGGGAAUUCUGCACCACACAUCCCUGUAAUUCAUCUCUAGGCAUACAAUCUGACUCCACACUGGCAAAGUCAAGAAAGCUAUAUGUUAAGUCUAUCUAGUAUGGUAUAAGUGUCUGUGGAUUUGAACCAACUUCAUCAGAUAUGGUGAGGAGGGCCCUCAUCUAGGAAAACACAAGGUGCCCAAGAAGCAUGUAUAUGUGACCAUUCUAUUGUAUGUCUUUAUCGCUCUUGCCUGUGAAAUGCUGGUAAAUAAUUCUUUUAACUUGUCUGAUGACACAGAUGAGAAAGCUACUCUUAGAGGAAUUUUGUUCUCUUAACAAUGCACAGUUAAAAGGGAAUCAGUCCCUAUGGCUAUUCCAAUUGUGAGUGCUUACAAUAAAUAUAAGAUUGAUUCCUUGCCUUCAGGUAACUAAACACCUGAUAAAAUGCUGCUUCUUUUAGCACAUCGGAAACAAGCAUUUUUUCAUUAUAUUUGUAAUAACAUGUAUGUUUCCAUUUAGCAAUAUAAGCAAGCUUUUGUUGGUUGUGUAUGUUUUCUCUUUAAUUUGUGCCUUUACAAGGUAUCUUAUGCGUAUGAAUAACACUGUUACCUGUGAGUGAGCCCCACUGAAGUCAUUUGCACUUAAUUUUGAGUAUAUCUGUAUAGGAUUGCACUGGGAGGGAGGAAGCUCAUGUUCUUAGAAAACUGAGCACAUAGUGCUGUCCUGGUUUUUGUCUUGGCUUCCUCACUUGGCACUAAUCGAAGAGAGUAUAUUUGGCAUUGCUCUGAGAGAUCUGUUGCCUGCAGCUCCUUCCGACAGGUUUUGACAGUGGCUAUACAAAAACAAGUAUGCAAUUGCAACCUGAUAUCCCAGAACUGGUUCACAGGGCUCUAUAUUAAACUUAUAUUAUCUGGCAAGGUUUAUCAGAUUUCCAUAUAUUUGAAAACAGAAUGCAUCCCAAAUUAGGUAGUAUUUGAACAGAGUUUGUUUCAGAAACUGGAAAUUGACUAAAAGUUUGCAGGCCCACCAAUAUUUUUCUUUCUUAAACCAUUUAUUUACAGUAUAUUCAGAAAUAAUAUUUAGUACAUCACAAUGCAAAUAUAGGAGUUCACCAAUGUUUUGAUACCCAAAGCGGUCUAUAUCAUUAAAACAAUGCAUGCAAAAGCUAAACUAAAAUGGUCACAGUGGCGUCACAACCUUUGUCAUUCAUCAAAAUAUAUUUUAGUUUUGGCUUCCUACUGCAUGUUACAGACCCAACAAAAUGCUAUGUCAGGGAUAGGGAGCUGCUUUUGUCAGGCCACAUUUGUCAGAAGGGUGGGGCCACCCACCUGUCAGUUACCUGAAGUUAUGAUUCCAAGCCAUGCUCUCCUGAUUGCGUUUUUGCAGCAAGGCUGACAUUUGGCAUUGCUUAAAUUUGUCAGUGAAUUAUUAUUACUAUAAAAUGAUUGACACACCACUUAAUGCCCGGUUGGCAAGUGCAAUUACUUUUGGCAAUAGUUGGAGCUACUCAGGAAUGCAAAAGCCUGGUGAGAAGGAACAAUCAAGAGCACACACUGAGCUUUAUGUUCCUGGUUCUUCAUUGGCACCCACAACUAAUACGAGUCGCACAUCUGAUUGGUGUGAAUGAAAAUGGCCUCACAGGCCAAAUUAGGCAGCCUUGGGUGCUUAAUUUGACCUGCAGAUUCCCUACCAGCAUGGUUAGUGUUGUGUAGAAAAAAAUACUUUCCAUUGCUGUUUCCAAAGGGCUUACAGCUGAAAAAAUGUAAGAAAGACAAAUGUGAAAAGACCAGAUUCUUACAUAUGGAUGGCAUGCAGCCUGAAGAGAAUUGUGCAAUCAACUAUCAUAUUACCUUUUUUCUUUCUAGUAAUCCCUCUAAGCAUCAAAAAAAGGAAUCUGAAGAUAAUAAAUCGAUCAUUAAAAGAGGCAACACUGCCACAUAUUCCUUCCUGAAUUGUCUGCAAUAUCAUACCAGGCUGACAGAAGAAACACAUGCUACAUUUUAAGCUAGUAUUUUACAUACAUUUGUAAUAAGAUGAAUGAUAAGGUCUAGACUAGAGAGUUAUUUUUAAAAUGUGAUAAUAUAUUUUUUAAAAUAUGUUUUUAAUUACUAAACUUGAUACUUCUAUACGAGUUUGAUCUUGACCUCUAAACACCACUUUCCCUACCCAACAAGAUUGGUGAGAAUGUUGAUUCAUCAUGGGCUACUGCAGUGGUAAUAAACAAAUAGGCCUGCCAGUUCAAUUGCUGGAGAUUAAUGUAUGCAUUAUGAGAUAAAUGGCAAUUUUGCACCCAUUAUUUCAGAAAACUUGUUUUUGAUGGAGAUUAAAAAAACAUUGUUAAGUCCUUUUUGGGUCCUUGGUAGAAGAUUUUGUAGCCUUUUUUAUGCAAACACAUUCUCUGAAAAGCCAUAAUGUUUCAUCUCUUUUAUUUUCAUAGAAUGGGUCAAUGUUGCCAAUGAUCUCCUGACAAAAUGUAACAUAGAUCUGCAUGUUAGCAAUCUCUCUGACUGUGGAGCUAAAGUGUUUAUUCAUCUUUAUGAAUCGAUACUGGGAGAGAGAGUGCCAGGUAAGAAUGCAUGCCUCCUACAAUGUCUUGGUUUUCUAGGGUAAUGUUUUUUUCCUGUUGUCUAUGUAUAUUUGAAAUAAAUAGUAAUGCUGUGAGAUUUGGACAUAAAUAGGCAUCAUAUGUUCUAUAUCCAAGAGCUUUUAAUAACAUAAUGAGAAAUAUAUAUAUAUGAAUACACACACACACACACAAUUGUAACUAAACACAAAUGGAAACUGCUCUAAACUUCUUUUUAACAGUAUUGGCACAAGAAAGCACUGAACAAUUAUACACAAUCCACUGUUAUAUAGAUUCCUGCCAACUGACUCAUGGGGUCUGUGCAGACUUGCUCUCAGAUUACAUGAAAAGCAGCUUACGCAGUAUACCGUUCUGUGAAAUAAUAGCAUGAUGUACUCCUAUUAUUUUAUAGAUGUCAUAGCCGCACCUCUUUGCCCUGAAGAUGAUGCCCAUAAUGUGCAGGCAGUGAUAGAUUCUUUGGCUUUGGACUACUUGCAGAUCAGCUUAUCGCAUAUAACUGGUGGGUACCUAUCAUUUGUAAACUAGUUGAGAUUCGUGCAUUGCAGGGAGUUGGACUAGAUGACCUUCAGGGGCCCUUCCAACUCUACCAUUCUAUGAUUGCUAUUGAAAAAAAUUAAUAAUAAAAAAUUAUAUGCACUUUUAUGGUUGGUGCGAGCAAUAAUUUAAUUAUGCUGGAUGUAUGUAAGUCUGACAGUGCAAUAUUUAUUUAUUUAUUUAAGUUCAUUAACCUUUAUGAAUUCACUUAAUUAUUAUUUUUUUAAAUGAUAUUUGUUGAAGGAAUAUUUUUUUUAAGUUACAAAAGAAAACAAAGUAGAAAAAGAGAAAAACAAGCCACUUCCAACCAUACAAAUACACAAAAUAAGAGAGAGAAAAAACAAAAAUACACCACAAAAAUUUAAAAACAAUUAAAAACAAAUCCAUUAUUUUCAACUCCUCAACUGUCAUUACCCUCUUUCCUUGACCUCCUCCUCCUCCCCUUCCUUGUGUCCUGGUUGUUAAUUGUCACAGCAAAUCCUUUCCAUAUUUCAUAAUAUUCUGUCAUUACAUUACCUUAAACUAUUUUAAUCUUAUCUUACUAUAAAAAACCUUGGAACUUAAAACUUAAAUCUUAUUUUUACCAACUUCUCAUAACCAUAAUAUUCUUACAUAAUUCUUUAAACAUUUUUACUAAAGCCAAAUAAUUUCAUUCCAACAUUUUUCUAACAUUCAUCAAUUUUAUAAAACAGUCCUAGUGAUGAAAAAAAGAAAUAAAAACAAAUCCAAUCUUCAUCCAGCGUCCCUUCCUCCUGGUCCCGGGUUUGUCAGUCCUUAUUAUCCAAUCGAUCUGGCGCAUUAACCUGGUGACCUUAUAUCCGAGGCCCUUAAGUCUCUUCCAUGUCUCUUCCGCAGCUCUUCUUCAUAUUUGUAACUGUAUUUUCCCUUGUCUCCUGCUCGUUUCACUCGUGGGAACUCCAGCUUAGCAAUAUUUUUGACCCUUCUCGACAGAUCAGCCCCUUUUCCAUAAUCGCCACUAAAUUCCAUAUGGUAUUUAAAAACAUGUUUCAAAAACCCUCCAAAAUUGAGAGCCCCCACAAUCCCAAACAUCUCGCGGCCCAUUGCCAGACUUGAAAAGUCCAAAAAUCCCUGCAUAGGAGGGUCUAUCCAACCCCCCAUUUCCAUACCAAACCACACUUUUUCUUUCCAAAUCUGGCUUUUUCCAAGUUCAUUUGUCAAAUCCGAAAGCUCAUGUUCCUGAUGGGUCUGUUCUGUCAGGGCACACUCCUGAUUUAAUUCCUGGGUGGGCUUCACAUAUUUUCCCACUGCCUGUUCAAAAUUUCCCACUGCCUGUUCAAAAUUUCUAAUCGAAUCAGCCAUCAAAUUCGUCUUCUCAUGUAGCUGUUCCAGUAGGGCAUUUGUUUUAUAGAAAGCACACAACAGAGCUUCUGAAUACAUUGUCCUGCAAGGUCAGAUGUCUAUUCCCACGAUUGUAAUCUGUAACAGCUGCCAGCUCCCAGGAGUUGGUUACAGUUUCACAGUCUCCCUCUAGGGGGAAAACUUCUAUUUGAUCUUUCUUUUAAAGACAAGUCUAGCAACAGAGUUUCCUUUUUUCAGAUAUUUUGUCAGUAUUUGUUCUUUUAAGGUGCGAAAGGAAACAAUGGAAUCACUAUGUUCCUCUUCUUUUAGCUAUCUGUCAAAAGCGUUUAUCUCUGGUCAAUGAGCUUCAUACGUCAGUCCUGACACCCCGCUCCAGGAUCAGGACGGUGGAAAGUUACUUUACUUUAAACUCACUUCUGCAGGUUUAAACAGUCCAAAAAAGAUCCCCCUUCUUCUCCUGCUGCCGAAGGGGGGUUCAACAAUUUUAAAUGAUGAAAGCCAAUCCUUUAGAGGCAAUUUUCUGAGCUCUAGUUUACGUUGUCUUUGCUUUAUUCUGUCUACAAAGAAACGGAAGGCUGACUUCCUGUUUAGACCUUCCCGUUUCAGUACCAAAUUGAAGUAAAUUUUUUAAGUCCAAUUCCUUUCUGCUCGCAAGUCCUUAUUUAAAGUCCAAUUGUUCAAAGUUUAAGUACUCACGGGUGCUUAUUUUAAAAACCAAAUUGUCCCAGGAAAAAGGCAGCGCUCUCCGGCAACGGCUGUGCGGCUUCGCUCCACGGAAAUAGCAGUUGACUCACAGCACCGCGCCGCUUCCCCCUCUUCACUUCGGAGCCCGUUAGUGGGUUCCUUUGUGGGUUGGGGGGCGCUAAGGGUGCCCGCCGAGUCCCAUGGUCACAGGCUUCAUCCGCCUGUGAUUUUAAAAGGGUCCCCGCUUCGCCGUAGCGGAAAAGACCCGUUUCGCGCAGAGCUAGUCCCUCCAGUUCAGAGGGAGUCCGCCAUUGCCAAUGGCGCCACCCCGGAAGUCCAUGACUUCACUUAAUUAUAAAAAAAAGUUCAAAGUGGUUUACAAAAAGAUAAAAUUGAGAAAAAUUUACAAAAAAGUUAAAGUACUAAAGCAGAUUAAGAUCACCUCAACUAUCUAAGCAUCUGGAUAGGCUUUUCUAAACAAUAAUGCUAUUAGAAGGCACCAAAAAGAAUACAGUCAUACUUCGGGUUACAGAUGCUUCAGGUUGCAUUUUUUCGGGUUACGGACUGCCGAAACCCAGAAGUACCGGAACGGGUUACUUCUGGGUUUCGGCAGUCGCGCAUACGCAUAAGUGCUAGAUCGCGCUUUGCACAUGCGCAGAAGUGCUGAAUUGCAACCUGCACGUGCGCAGAUACGGGUUGCGAACGUGCUUCCUGCACGGAUCACGUUCGCAACCCGAGCGUCCACUGUACAGUGAAGGCACCUGCUUGAUCUCAAGAAGCAGGGAGUUCUGAAGUUUAGGCGCUGCCAAACUAAAUGAUCACGUUUUUACAGAUGCGGAAGGGGUAUUAUGUGGCUCUUGUAGUAGUACCAAUUCUGCUGAUCAAAGGGUUCAAGUAGGCACCUGUGGGGUAAAGUGAUCUCGUAGGUAAACUGGUCUCAAGUUGAUACGGACUUGAUAAGAUAAGUUGGCUUAUGUUGAUAAGAUACUAAGAAUACCACCUUGAUAUGAUACAUGUAUCCCCAUUGCCUCCUGAACCUGCGGUAUAUAAAGAACUGCAGUCCAGGUUCCUGAGGAACUCCAUGUGACUUGGUUUGGGAACCAACAGAGCAUAUUGGGGGAAGGGAAGGAGAGAGAGAUUGGGGGAGUGCUUCUGCAAUAACUCGGUAGGAUAUAACCCUGUCCACUUAGGGAUCAAUUUUUAGUCUCUGUAUGAACUUGGCAGUUUCCUCCUCCCAUAUUUUUAAUCAAUGUUUUCACUUACUGGAAAUGUGUGACCUGGGCUGCAAUCCUAAACACACUAGGGAGUGCGUCUCUGUGCUUCUGCGUAAGAGCACAGGGGAUCAUGCUGCUCAAUGGAGCACCUUUUCCCAGUAAGACAAAUUGAUAGGGCCUUCCUAAAAUCUAGGAAGUAUAUCCGACUUACUGAAAGAUUUAGGACCUAAAUCUUUCAUUAGUUAAAACACAUUCAGAGGGCAGUAUCCCAUGAAGUAGCUCUGUUAGCGCAAGGAUUUUGUUACUGCAUGAAAGACAUUUGGGACUCAAUACCAGUUGCAUUUCUUUCUGGCUGACUCCUCCCUAUACCAGCAGUUAUCUAAAGAGGAAAUGUCACUGCUUUGGAUAAUGGGUUUGUUCAUGGAUCUCUAUGGUUAGCACCGUGAGGAGGGUCAAGCCCCCACCAAGGCAUACAAAAAUACUUAUGUCAGAAACGGGUUAUCCCUCUCCUAGCAAAACAAUUGCACCUUGUUGGGGAGAUGGAGCUUACAAGAAUUCUUGGCAUGCAGGAUUGUGUCCCAAGUGUUCUAAUGCAGCUCAUUAAACAAAGCCACAGAGUUGACGUUCCCUGCUGCUACCCUUUCCUUCGAUUUUAGAACUGUGACUCAGAGGUGAGAUUACUUGAAACCUGUUGUGAGUUUCCUUUCCAACACUAUGCUCCAUGGAGCAGCCUCAGAUGCUUUACAAGGGCUUCCAAAAUUUUUUAAAAAUCAUUCUGAGGGAUUUGGAAUGAGAAAGGAAAACAUCCUCUGCAUGAUUUUCUCUCACCAUGAAUUUCCCUUUACUUCAUCUAAUCGUAAUGAGCAGAGAGAACAAUCCACAACACGGCUCGCUUUAUGCCGACUGUUGCAUUCGGCUUGAUUUAAUAAUAAUAAUAAUGAUAAUGAUAAUAAUAACAACAACAAUAAUAAUAAUUUAUUAUUUAUACCCCGCCCAUCUGGCUGAGUUUCCCCAGCCACUCUGGGCGGCUUCCAAUCGAGUGUUAAAAACAAUACAGCAUCAACUAUUAAAAACUUCCCUAAACAGGGCUGCCUUCAGAUGUAUUUUAAAGAGAAGAUAGCUGCUUAUUUCCUUCACAUCUGAAGGGAGGGCGUUCCACAGGGUGGGUGCCACUACCGAGAAGGCCCUCUGUCUGGUUCCCUGUAACCUCACUUCUCGCAAUGAGGGAACCGCCAGAAGGCCCUCGGCGCUGGAUCUCAGUGUUCAGGCUGAACGAUGGGGGUGGAGACGCACGACUUUGAGCCAUUUGCAUGGAGCCCAGCCUUGCCCAUCAUUCUCCCCGUUGUGAAAGGCAUACAAUACCCAUGUCCCCCCCCCCCCCCGCAUUCUCUGCCAAUCUAUUAACACCGAUUUUUGUCAAGGGGAGAACAUUGUGAAAGGAAAUAAGGAGUCCAUCAGAAAUCUCUUGGAAAUAUUUGAUGGCUUGCUCGAGUACCUGACAGAAGAAAUCAGUGAGACGGCUUCUCAGAAUGGCGGUGAGAGAAGGGGCAUAAUCAAUGGCAUGUGCUUCCUCUGUGCAGAUAGCGUAUUCUGUUUAUUUGUAUGUAGUAGUAUCACUUUUUGCACCUAGAGGGGUAUUCUUAAAAAGAGAGAGCACUUUCAAUGCCUUGCUUAGCAUCAGUAUGUUGUCAUAAAGUGAAAGGACUUGCAGUGCCUCUCAGUCACCAUCAGGCUGUAAUUACGGGGGGGGGGGGGAAUAAGAGCAUAGGAAAUAAUAGAAAAGAAAGAAAAAGCUUAUUAUUAGUUAUUGAAUUCAUAUACCACCCUGUACCCAGAGGUCUCAGGGUGGUUCACAGAACAAAAUCAAAAUAUAAAACCACAAAAUAUGGAGUAAAACAAUGCUAAAUUUCUUAGCAAGUAGUUUUUAUUUAACAAUAUUGGUUGCAAAGCAAUCAAGCCUGUGAGAUUUAAAGCUCAAAGUGGCUGGUACUGGAUGAAACUGGGUUUUUACAACAGUGCCAGCACACCUUACAUAAACAGACAGUGCAUCGUAUAAGCUUCUGUGCCAGAAUAAAUAUUUUGCUGCGUUAGUCAUACGCUGACCGAUAUGCCACUGCAGAUGUGUGGGCUGAGGAGGGGAUUGAUAUUGUCACGGUCAUCUUUGUGGCAGGCAGAAGUCUGUCUUGCUCCUUGCUCAUAAUAGUUUUGUUUAUGAACAGAAGAUCUUAACCAGAGGGCUGAAGAUGAAGUCCAGACUACCGGUCUCGAAGAGGAAGAAGGUGGUGUUCAUGAUGUGCCAGUUCCCUCCCGGACACUUCCGUCUGCCUCGGGGUAAGGCAGGUUCAUAGUUCCCUUAGCUUCCCAAGUCUUUACUAGGUUGCAAAAUGUGCAACAUGUUAGUACCACUGUUCUCUGCUUCCAUAGGUGAGGCAGUGUUGCAGCUAGGUAAUUUUAGACUAUGGCCUUUCGAUGACCAUGGGCACCACGUUAGUUGUGAAGCAUACAGUUAACACCUCUCUUCUUCUCGCUCCCCACCAUUGCUUGCUCCACAACUGCUUCUGCAUUUCUGAUAUGUUAGUGGUUCUCAACCUGUGGGUCCCCAGAUGUUGUUGGACUACAACUCCCAUCAUCCCUGACCACUGGUCAUGCUGGCUAGGAAUGAUGGGAGUUGUAGUCGAACAACAUUUGGGAACCCACAGGUUGAGAAACACUGAGAGCCUCUGCAAGCUGAUGGAAUGCACUGAACUCGGCGUUUCUGCUUGGCGUCUCAGAGAGGAUAUUGCUGCAGGUUUCUUCCUCCACCGCAAUGCCAUGACAUGACAUUGGCUCUGCAACCAACGCACUGGUGCAACCGAUUGCCAGAUGCUGUCCCCGUUCCCAGUUGCGUAGAAUGGUUAAACGUAGUUGUCACCUGGGAAAACGCGUUUUCUCCAGUUAAUGUGGUGCCAUAGCCGCCUUCAGUUGAUAAACAUGUAGCAGUGAUUCUUGGCGUUGGAAGUGUGCGCCUCUCAGCUAGAAGCACCACCUUGUGGCCAAGUCAAGUAAACAAAUUUACUUCCUUGCAUUCUGUUUAGGUCUUCUCGGUCGUCAGAGAUAGACGUUCCAUCAUACGAGGUAGAUGGUUCGGAAUCUACAAGUGAGCUCAUUAAGCUUGGCGACACUGCUUAUUUGUUUUCUCUAAGAAAUGAAGGUGAGUUCAAGCAACACACAAGAGCAGCCAGAUCCCAGUAACUGAAUGUCUGCCGUGCGGAGACCACUUUAAAUAGUUUCUUCCCUGUGCAGGCACUUUCCCCGCAAACAAAAACUGUUGGUAUGCAGCAGCUUGCUACAGGGAAUUGGCAGUUUCUCUCCCCACAUUCACAAAUUACUUGAGAUGAACAGGCAUGAGACAAAUGAUUAGGAAAUCUAUGGUUUGUUGUAAUAUAUUCUAGUGCAGUAGUAAAAAACCAGAAGAGUCACAAGGUCGGUCACUCCCACCAGCAGAUGGAAUAAAUUGUAACCCUUUAACUACAAACACAUUCAGAUUGCUUUUUUUUUUGUAGAUCCUGGUGUCAAUUGGAAGUUGGUACUCAAGGAUCGGAAUAGUGUAAGAGGUUGAACAAAGUUUGAGAUCCCCACCAAUUCUCCUUAUUAGCAUACAAUUGAAACCAGCAUCUUAAUGGCCUGAAACGUGAAGCUAAGAGAUGUAAUUCAUUUGAGCAGUCUAUAUAAUUCCACAAGUAACUAAUACUUGAAAUCAACACAUUUGGCAGGCUAUAAAUAAAAACACCCAUCUCUGCUGCAGAUAGUAUUAGCAGAAGUACGGGGUAUAAUGUUUAUGUCAGAUUCAUGCAACAAUAUGCCGAGUCACAAAGUUAUGUGGGGAAACCAGUGGUCCCUUUUGGCCCCUCUUUUGCGGGAAGAUCAUAUCUUAAUCGUCAUUUAUGGAAAUACUACUACUUGCUGACUUGGAAUUAUUGUAAAUUCCCGACUUCCAGAGUUCAUUGCUGGGUUUGAACUCAUCCAGGACUUAUUUAUACACUACCGUCUACAUUUCUCUGUCUGUUUCUCUCUUUGGGUUCUUGGACAUUUUGUGAUUAAAUGGAACGAGCUGGUUGAUAAAAAUGGUAACUUGCUGGGGUGUUAGUCAGAUACCACACUGAGUGGUUGAUUAAAUUACUAACUUACUAAAGAUUUUUAGUUGUUGGAUCUGCAUUUAAACUCAUCAGUUUUGAACAUUUACACUGGCUUUUGCAUGUUCCCCAAACCUUAGCAUGCAUAUUUUCAAGAUACAGUAAUGCUCAGGAGCACAAUACCACAAGGAACACCUCUUCCCUUAUGAACUGACCUGGACCAUGCAAUCAUGAUCUGAGGCUGUUAUUGGUGUGCCUCUUCUGCGAGAUGUCUGGAGGGCAGCAACACGAGAAUGGGAUGUUUCUGCAGUGUCUCCUCGCUUGUGAAAUGCUCUUUCCAGGUGCCUGGUGCCUUCAUUACAUAUCUUCAGGCUCCAUGCAAAAGCAUUCCUCUUCUCCCAGGCCUUUGGCUAAUUAAACAGUCUGUGACCUUUUAAACUGGGGGGGGGGGUAUUGUUUUGGUUUAUUAUUAUGGUAUGUAUCUUUGUGGUUUUUAUAUUGAAAACCACCCUGUGAUCCUCGGAUGUAGAAAUUAAAUUAAAUAAAUGUAUAAGGGUACUUACAAUAUGGUAACUUUCAGGAUCACUCACUGGGUUGAACCCAAAAAGUGCCAGGGGAGCUGUGGGGCUUACCUGGCUCCCAGUGGCGUAGCGUGGGGGGUGCAGGGGGGCCGGCCGCACCGGGCGCAACAUCUGGGGGGGGGCGCGCUCGCACUCGCAGCUCUCUGCCCCUACCUGGCUCACUCACUCUCUCUCACUGCAGUGCUGGCUGUGCGAAUCCGAUCCGAGCCGCUGGGUCUCCGCCCACUGUGGAGUGGGUGGGUGCCAGGCGUGCGGUGCGGAGAGAGAGCGAGGGACUAUCUGGGGGAGGGGCAGUGCAGCGGCCGCCCAGCGCAGCGCUGAGCGCGGGAGAGAACCACACCAGACCAGCCCAAGCAGCAGCAAGAAGAAGCUGGCAGCGGCGGCAGGUUGGGGGUUAGGGGGCGCAAAUUACUUGCCUCGCCCCAGGUUAGGGGGCGCAAAUUACUUGCCUUGCCCCAGGUUAGGGGGCGCAAAUUACUUGCCUUGCCCCGGGUGCUGACAACCCACGCUACGCCGCUGCUGGCUCCUUCCUAUUUCUGCUCUCAACAUCUACACAUAUAUCCCAAGCUGCUCCUGAGGGUUAAAGGACCUUGUGAAAUGCAAUGAGAUGAAGCACUGUGGGCUGCAGCAUGGUGGAAUUGGCAGCAUUUGCUAUGUGCGGGAUUCCUUGCACAAAAUGCCAACUUAAUAUUUUAUUCUCUUUUUCUGCUCCCUGUUACAGCAGUAGUCUGUUUGGAUAAUACAUCUUCUUCGUAAUUAGCAGUGAAAUAGUCAAACACAAAUGUUUGACUCGCGCGCUCCCUCUGCACGUAGUCACCUCCAAAUGCUGCCCUUAAAAUUUCAAUUUCUUACAGAGUUACCUGCAGAAAGAGACAUCUCGAAGAAGAUUACAAAACCUGAAGAUCUUGUGGCUUUUGGGGGACCAUCUAGUGGCAGAAGAGCUCUUGUCAGAGAAACUCAAGGUGAGUGUAUACCAAAGAACCUCAGAAAUAUAUAUUUAAAAUAUAUUACUGGCCUUUUCUUGUGUCCAUUGUAUUUUAAUCAAGUAAGGGUUCCCACCUGGGUUUGAUCUUUCUUUGGUGAUCUGGUGGGGGAAAGAGAACUGGCUUAAGUUUGUUACUAUGUUUCAUCUUACCUGUGCAUCUUAUUCAGUUAAAUAAAGCCAUUCUUUUUGUGUGUGAAAAGUCUGGAUGGGCUAAGUUGAUAGGACCUGUGGGGGAAAUAUCCUAAUCAAUUCUAUGAAAUCCCAUAAAUCGCUUGCUUCCAGCACUGGGCCCAAAUUUCUAUAGGAAACUUCCCAGUGGAGCGAUUAAUUAUAAUAAUUAUAUACCCCCCUUUUUUAAAAGUACAUGGACUGAACCUCUAAACUGCUUGUCUUUCCUAAGGAACAGCCAAAUCUGCUUUGUCGUCUAAGGAGCAGUUGUGUUCUAAUGCAAAAAAGCUUGGGGAACCAAUCCGCCCAGCUAUUCCUUUGCAGCCACCAUUCCAGCCUUCCGCAUCCAGGCCCUCUUACCUAACUGAAAGAGGUGCUGGAAGUUCAGGCAGACGUUCGCCGCCACCAGCUAAACCUUGCAGACUUGCGUCCUCUGAUGUAAGUGCUGAAGUUUCCUUUGUUUCUGUUAGUAUUGUCAGCCUUUGUAGAAAUGCACUGCCUUGGGAUCCUUAAUUCAGACUGCUUCCAGGUUAACGCUGCUAGGCCUUCCUGUGUCCAGGAAGCUCAAUAUGUACCUUAUUUUUCGCUCUGUAAGACACACUUUUUCCCUCCUAAAAAGUAAGGGGGGAUGUGUAUGCGUCUUAUGAAGCGAAUGCAGGCUGCGCAGCUAUCGCUGAAGCCAGAAGAGCAAGAGGGAUCACUGCACAGACACCGAUCCCUCUUGCUCUUCUGGCUUCAGGGAUAGCCACGCAAAGCCUCUUGAGUGCAGUGGGAGCUCUCCUCCAUCUUCACUCAAGAGGCUUUGCAUUGCUUUUGCGAAGCCUCUUCAAGGCAAUGGGAGGAACACUCCCCCUGUCCUGAAGAGGCUUGGUGCGGCUAUCCCAGAAGCCAGAACAGCAAGAGGGAUCGCUGCUUUCACUGCGCAGCGAUCCCUCUUGCUGUUCUGGCUUCUGGGAUUCAAAAUAUUUUUUUUCUUGUUUUCCUCUUCCAAAAGCAGAACAUUUUUUUAUAAGUUGUCUCUCUUCAUUCAAACUUGAAUACAUAUUGAGAAGUAUAGCUUUUGCAGUAACCAGUCCUGGAAAUUUUAGCUUUAACCUACGAUCCAAACCAGAAAAGGUCUUUUCCUGGGACAAGCUAUCGGUUGUUUAUCUGAAGACUUUGGGGCUGGACCCACUACGUUUGUAAGGAAUAGUUGUUUCUCGUAUCUUUCGGCGUAGGACUUUUACCAUAGAAAAAGCAUAUUUAAAUUUCUUUUCAAAUAUAUAUAAUUUACUUUGAGACUAUUCUUAUCGAUCAUCUUGGAUAUCUAACAUUUUAACCUGCUUCAAGAGGCUGUUUGGUUAAGCAUGAACGUUAAUUCUAGUGAAUAAAUAUAUCGUAGGGGACUUUUUGUGAUUGAUUUGCCUCUUGCAAGAGAGGGGGGGGCCUUAUAGAAACUACAUUUAAAGCAGAGAUCCAAUCAGUAGAUGUACUGUAGAAUAGCCUGCACCAACUCUGUGCCCUGCAGAUGUUGUACAGCUGUCAUCAUCCCCAGCCAGCACAGAAUUGUGGUCCAUCUGGAGGGCACUGUGUUGGUGAAAGUUGUAGACAUUCAGGAAAUAAAGAGAACAAAGGCUUCAGAUACACUGCAGCCCCCGAAACUUACAAUUGUGAGCAUAUGGUUUCCAUUUCACCUUGACAUUUCCUCCUGAUAAAUAUCGAUUUUGCAUGGUAAUGUAUGCUAACGUGUGCCAGUGAAAUGUUAGUGAUUUGGUGAACUGUACUGCCUUUUAGUCAAACAGAAGGACACCCACUGUCCAUUAUUUUUUGGUUGUCGUUCUUCUCCUAGCAGUCUAAAAGUAAAAUGUUCCAUUUUUUGGCCCGUGUUGAAUUGCAGGCCUUCAGAACUGUUUUCCAGGCACCAAAUUAUUGCUGGAUUCUCCCUAAAACUUUUGAGUAUAGAGAAGGUGAAAUCAGGAGAAGGAACUGAAAAGACAAGAGAUGUUUCUACUGGAGCACAGCUAAUCCAAAGCCAGAUACCAUGAGAAUUAGUGGUGUAGAAAUUUAUAUUUUAAAAAUGCCAGAGAUUUGACCUCCGACUCUUUACAUCUAAACAGAACUAUCGGUGUGAAUAAGAUUGCGGUGUAUCUCUUCCAAAAGCUGGGUGCGUCUUAUGGCGCGUCUUAUAGAACGAAAAAUACAGUAUGUUUCACUUUCAGAACGUAGGUGGAAGCGUGUAUUUCUGACUGAGUUACAGUUCGCUGUCUAAGCGUAUUAAACCACUACCACGCCUGCUGAUUUAAGAUAAAACCAAUAUAUAAGAAUCAUGAUAGAGUCUCAAAUGCUGUGUUUGAAACUGCCAUUGUUCUAGGCGUAUUUAGCGACAGGGAAUUUCAUUAGGACAUGCAGUUUCUGGGCGCAGAACUGCACCAAAGAUUUUCAGAUUAAAACUGCAGAGUGAAAGGAAAGGAGGACCUUUUUCUGCCUCCUCACUUCCAGCUACUCUCUGAAGACUGGCGAAGAGACCCUCUUAAGAAUAUUAGGGCGGGUGGGGCAGGGGAGGGACUAGACCAUGUGAAAAACGAACAUAAGAUUUUAGCUGCAGUUCAUUCAUUUUCAGCUUUGUAUUCUUGUUAUAAAAAAGCACGCCUAGACAUUCCAUUGUUGGGCCCACAACCUAGGUUUAAGGUGCCCUUUAGCUCCUAGCUUUAAUAUCUCAGUUUCUAACACUGUCCAAAUGGUGUGGGAAGAGGCACAUCUUCAUAGUGAGUUCCUCUUAAAGCAAUAAGUCAUUUAGGGGAUAUAGAAGAUAUUGUUUGAACAGGACAUCAAAAGGCAAUGAUUAAUCUACUAGCAGUACCAAGGAAUGAGAUGACUAGUCAAUGGAAGUAAGCCAAAGCCUUUCUAAUUGCACAAGGAGAAUCAGGCGUGUUCUCUGUAUGUUGAAGCAAACUCAUAUCUGGAUGGAAGAGAAAGGGUGAAUAAGGUGAAUAACCUGUUAGGAGAACUGGCAAUUAUUUCACUUACUUUUGGAGUGUGUGUGUCGGUCAUAAUAUACCAUUGGUGUUAUUAGCUAUGUAGAUGAGAAAUGACAAGGCCUACACCAAACGCAAAUAAAUUUUAAUGUAGUGUUAAUACAUCUGGUUAUUUUUACGGUUUGGAUAAUAUUUUAUGCACAAGCAGUGACCAUUUUGCAGGUGUUUGAUUGGCGUGCGACUGUUGACGUGCACGAUGACCUGGAAUGCAACCCCCAUGCAAACAGGAAGUUGCUCAUAUAUGCAUUUUAAAAAAACAAACAAGCAAAUGCCACACAAAAUUUACAUGUCCCACGUUUUUUAACAGCCUGCAGAGUCCCUUGGGGAAGAGUCUGGAACCCUCUCAGGUGACAUCCUUUCUUUAUCCACGAUCACUUCUGGUAAGAACAUUCCUUGAGUUAUUGAAAAGUGUAAUCUUAAUAUCUCUUCUACUACUCUAAUUAGGGACGCAGGUGGCACUGUGGGUUAAACCACUGAGCCCAGGGCUUGCUGAUCAGAAGGUUGGUGGUUCGAAUCCCCGCGACGGGGUGAGCUCCCGUUGCUUGGUCCCUGCUCCUGCCAACCUAGCAGUUCGAAAGCAUGUCAAAGUGCAAGUAGAUAAAUAGGUACCACUCUGGCGGGAAGGUAAACGGCGUUUCCGUGCGCUGCUCUGGUUCGCCAGAAGUGGCUUAGUCAUGCUGGCCACAUGACCUGGAAGCUGUACGCUGGCUCCUUCGACCAGUAAAGCGAGAUGAGCGCCGCAACCCCCGAGUCAGCCACGACUGGACCUAAUGGUCAGGGGUCCUCUUUACUUUUACUACUCUAAUUAAAGCUACUGACAUAGGGAGAAAGAGACUUUUGAAAAGUGCUUGUAAAAGUGACUACUUGUGGAUCUAUCUUUCUUUCUUUUUAAUGUACUUUCAAAAUGUUCUCAUUUGCCAGGGAACAUCACUGUAUGCUUAUGUUCAGUUUCAUUUUUCACCUUCCCAAGGAUACCUUGGGUAGUGAAGUUUUUAUAACGGUAUGGCAAAUUCUGUCAGAAACUCACUUCCCUCCAAGAGCUCUGCAUUAUCCCAAAGAGACUUUUCAACAAACCAGGAGCUGGUCCCACUGAACUCAGUGUCAGUUACUUUCUUUGGCAGAUUAUAUAGGAUUGCAUUGUAAACCAGUACUGAUGUUGCUGCAUCACAACUCCCAUCAUCCCUGGCCGUUGGCUGAGGCUGAUGGAAUUUGGAGUCCAGCAUUUGGAGGGCACCAUGUUGCUACCCUUUAUCACUUUAACACACAGUUCAAGUGCAGCAUUAACAAAGGCACCAAUUCUUGUUGGAAAGAACAUUUGAUUAUCUUUCACCUUUAAGCCUUUCUUUUCCCUGCUCACCUUCUUGGGUAAUUACAUCACUGAACUAACAUUAGCAAAAAAAAUUGCUGAACAGAAACCAUUCUAGAAAAUGUGAUUAACCAUCCUGUGAUAGGCACAGCCAGAGAAAACAAAUUGACUCCCCACCACACUUCUUAUUUGGAGGUUUGUAUUAUGUUUACAAGUUAAACUUAUUGUUGCCAAUGAUUCUUGCAGAAAAAUCUAUAGAAGUCUUCAUGUGGAGGUAGUUUUACAAGUCACUGUGUUAUCCUGUUUGCAUAUGCUGUGACAAGUGUGUUUAGUUUUUUGGGACUUGGGUUUGUCUCUAGUUGCGUAAAGAAGUGAAUUAUGUAAACUAAUUUCUUGUGGCUUCUGCUGCUGGCUCUUCCAGCUGUAGAUAAUGAACCUGCAUCUGAAACUGGUGUGAAUGAAGAAGCUGAUGAGUUAGUGCUAGAAGACACCAUAGAUGAUGCAGGAAAGGUAACUGUUAAUUCAUACCCUGUUGGGUGUAGAUACAUGUUUAUAUAGGGACGCGGGUGGUGCUGUCAUCUAAACUACUGAGCCUCUUGGGCUUGCCAAUCAGAAAACUGGUAGUUCGAAUUCCCACGACAGGGUAAGCUCCCGUUGCUCUGUCCCAGUUUCUGCCAACCUAGCAGUUCGAAAGCACGCCAGUGCAAGUAGAUAAAUAGGUACCACUGCGGCAGGAAGGUAAACGGCAUUUCUGUGUGCUCUGGCUUCUGUUACGGUGUUCUGUUGCGCCAGAAGCCAUUUAGUCUUGCUGGCCACAUGACCCGGAAAGCUAUCUGUGGACAGACACCGGGUCCCUCGGCCUGAAAGCGAGAUGAACGCUGCAACAUCAUAGUCGCCUUUAAUUGGACUUAACUGUCCAGGAGUUCUUUAUCUUUUACCUUACAUGUUUAUAGUAUUUGAAUUAUAGUACAGUGGUACAUCUGGUUGCGAACAGGAUCCGUUCUGGAGCCCUGUUUGCAACCUGAAAGGAACGCAACCUGCGCAUGCGCAGGUUGUGAUUCGCCGCUUCUGCGCAUGCAUGAGUGGCGAAACCCAGAAGUAACCCUUCUGGUACUUCUGGGUCACCACGGGACGCAACCUGAAAAGAUGUAACCUGAAUCGAACGUAACAAGAGGUAUGACUGUAUUUGAACAGUGUGAUGCAGCAGCCAAAAAAAAGCUAACACUAUUCUAGGUUGCAUCAACAGAAGUACAGUGUCCAGAUCAAGGGAAGUAAUAGUACCACUCAAUUGUGCCUUGGUCAGACCACACCUGGAAUACUGUGUCCAGUUCUGGGCACCACAAUUUAAAAAGAAUGUUGACAAGCUGGAACUUGUGCAGAGGAGGGCGACAAAGAUUACAGUGGUGCCUCGCAAGACGAAAUUAAUCCGUUCCGCGACUGUCUUCGUCUAGCGGUUUUUUCGUCUUGCAAAGCAACCCUAUUAGCGGCUUAGCGGAUUAGCGCUAUUAGCGGUUUAGCGGCUAUUAAAGGCUUAUCGGCUUAGCUGCUAAAAGGCUAUUAGCGGCUUAGCGGCUUAGAAAAAGGGGGGGGGAAGCGAAAAAAAAAUCUCAAGACUCGCAAGACAUUUUCGUCUUGCGAAGCAAGCCCAUAGGGAAAUUUGGUCUGCGAAGCAACUCAAAAACGGAAAACCCUUUCGUCUAGCGGGUUUUCCGUCUUGCGAGGCAUUCGUCUUGCGGGGCACCACUGUAUAAAGGGUCAGGAAACUCAGCCUUAUGAGGAGCAGUUGAAGGAGUUGGGUAUGUUUAGCCUGGAAAAGAGGAGACUGAGAGGAUAGCCAUCUUCAAAUAUCUUAAGGGCUGCCACGUGGAGGAGGGAGCACGCUUGUUUUCUGCUCUGGAGGGUAGGACUCAAACCAAUGGCUUCAAGUUGCAAGAAAGGAGAUUCUGACUAAACAUUCAGAAAAACUUUCUGACAGUAAGAGCUGUUCAGCAGUAGAACUGACUCCCACGAGAGGUGGUGAACUCUCCUUCCUUGGAGGUUUUUAAGCAGAGGUUGGAUGGCCAUCUGUCCUGGAAGCUUUAGCAGAGAUUCCUGCAUUGCAGAGGGCUGGACUAGGUGAAUCAACCCUUGGGCCCAACUCUAAGAUUCUAAAACAUUUGACAGGUUUUGCUUGUGAGUCAAACUCAGAAAUGCUUAGAUUUUAAAAGGCUGCAUUUCUGAUUUUCAUUUUGCUCAGAAAGAGAGAGUGUACACAUAGUGCUGGCUGCUCAGAACCCAAAAUAUAUUUCUAGGCUGACAAACAACACUGCAAUACAGUGGUACCUCGGGUUACAUAUGCUUCAGGUUACAGACUCCGCUAACCCAGAAAUAUUACCUCGGGUUAAGAACUUUGCUUCAGGAUGAGAACAGAAAUUGUGCGGCGGCAGCAGGAGGCCCCAUUAGCUAAAGUGGUGCUUCAGGUUAAGAAGAGUUUCAGGUUAAGAACGGACCUCCAGAACAAAUUAAGUUCUUAGCCCGAGGUACCACUGUAAAUGAAUAUCAUCCUUUGAAGGACUGCUAAUGCCCUAAAAGCUGCUUUAAUAUUACCAGCAAUUCCAUUUGGCAGCCCCUCAGUAUAUGGUGUGGUACUCACUGCUCAGUUUUAACACCAGGCAUUCUCUUUAAUUUAUUCUUGACUUCUUCAGUGAGAGCUUUCCCCCCCUCUCUCUCAUCUAAAAGGAAAGGAAUGAGAAUGUUCCAUACACACCAGCUCCUUGCUUUGAGAAGGGCAGGUUGCCAGAGUUUGCAACAAAGCAAAGCACAAGACCAAAACAAAGGAAUCUGCUUCCUGGGAAAAGGUAUGCACUUCCUAGAUCGUCUGAGAUCCUAAAGGUUUUCUUGCAUUGUUUAAGACAGAGGUGGGGAACUACCAAGAUUAUUAAGUAUGAGGUAGUGAGAGAGAAAAGGAGGGUAUUUGAAGUGCUGAUGAUCUGGCUCUGUUCCACGUAGGUUCCCUCCAAGGGGAAUGUAGUCCUCAACAAAAAAAAAAAAGGUUACUUCCUCCUGUCUUAAAACCUCAGUAUUUGCCUCUUCCUCCCAAACCAGCGAUGUUAUCAGCAGCUUAAGGUGGUACAUGCUAAUAACAGUUGUCAUAUUCUUUAUUUAUUUCCUCAAAAGCCCAUUCAUGCAACCUGGGCACUGAUUCUUGCAACACAAGUUUUCCCCCCUCAUCGGAAGAAAUAGCAUGUCAGAUAUGUAGCUAAAUAUUUAGGGAGGCCGGUGUGAUCCCUGGGGUCCAUGUAUGAACUCUCAUUGUAUCGCUGCCAAGAUGAACUCCUGGAAUGCUGUCUGAGUGUUGCUGAAAUGAGGUCUUUGAUAGAAAAAGCAACAUUCAUUUUCAGCCUGUUGACCCCAUGUGGUUUCUCAGCCAGAAAGAACGCUCCAUCACAGACUCGCUUGCAGAGGAAGCUUCUUCACACCAAACGGCAAAGGAAAAGCUGUCUGAACAGGAGCUGAAGGAGAUGUCGGACAAACUGUCCCGCCGGAUGAACGAACUAGAAGGAGUAAGUAAGCCCCAUCUAUUCUUGACAGCACCUUCUCCCAAUAUAGUGCAGCUCUCCUGUUGUCAACAACUUGUGAGAAAACCUAGUUAAAGAGGUGGGAUGAAUUUAAAAUCCUUUAGUAGCCCCUGGUAUCCAAGGACCAGAUGGGAAACCAUUUGGUGUCCACCCUGGGCUUUACUAAAGGUAAAGGGACCCCUGACCAUUAGGUCCAGUCACGGCCAACUUUGGGGUUGCGGUGCUCAUCUCGCUUUAUUGGCCAAGGGAGCUGGCAUACAGCUUCCGGGUCAUGUGGCCAGCAUGACUAAGCUGAUUCUGGCGAACCAGAGCAGCGCACGGAAACGCCGUUUACCUUCCUGCCGGAGCGGUACCUAUUUAUCUACUUGCACUUUGACGUGCUUUCAAACUGCUAGGUUGGCAGGAGCAGGGACUGAGCAACGGGAGCUCACCCUGUCGCAGGGAUUCGAACCGCCAACCUUCUGAUCGGCAAGUCCUAGACUCUGUGGUUUAACCCACAGCGCCACCCGCGUCCCUGGGCUUUACUAAACAUUCCAAUAAAAUCAAUAUAUGUAGCAUGUUAGGUCAAUUACUCCUUCCUUGUACUGACUUUUUCCAAAGAGAGACAGUCCAGUAUUAAAACUGCUACCCAAAAUAAUGAGAAGUUUAAGGACAUAAGAAGAGCCUGCUGGAUCAGGCCAGAGGUCCACCUCGUCCAGCAUCCUGUUCUCGCAGUGGCCACCCAGAUGCUUGCAGAAAACUCUCCUGCGGUACUCGGAAGCAUCCCUGCCUGCAUUUUGUAGUAGUAGUGUAGCGGCACAGUCCGUUCUGCCACCUUGUGAUUCUGCCAACCAUUCUGCCGCAUGCAUAGGCCAGGCUGCAAUAAAUUCAAGCAAGUUACCGCAAGGUGCCAACCUUGGUUUUGGUAGUAAAUAUGACACUAUAUACUUGAGGCUGAAGUUUUCAGAUGGAUGUUUUGAACACCCUCCCAUCAGAUGUCAAGGAAAUAAACAACUAUAUUACUUUUAGAAGACAUCUGAAGGCAGCCCUGGUUAGGGAAGCUUUUAAUGUUUGAUGUUUUGUUGUGUUUUUAACAUUCUGUUGGGAGCCGCCCAGAGUGGCUGGGGAAACCCAGCCAGGUGGGUGGGGUAUAAAUAAUAAAUUAUUAUUAUUAUAAUAAACAGUUAGUACUAGGUUGUGCCAUUGGAAUGCAUUCUUGACAGAUCUCUUUAAAUGACAGAUGUUAAAGCAUGCUCUGGGCGAGCAAAGCAAGGAGGAGGAGGAAGAGUCAUCAGCCGAUGAAGAUAAUCUUUCUCAGCACAGCGAUAGCAUCAUGGAUUACCGCCGAAGGAAACCGGAAUCGGGUAACAGUUCAGAGUGUUAAGUUUGACGACAUCCUGGUGACCUGCCCCUUUCUUUGCCAGGUGAUGUGCGCACUUUGUGGUGGGUUAUACUGCCCUCUUGUGGUGAAAGACAGAGGAUGCAGAUGGCCACAAGAGGGGCAGCACAACCCACCAAUGCUGUGUGUCCCAACACCUUAAAGAAACGCCCUCCAGGCGAAAACCAGCUGUUGCUUCUGCAUGUGCAUUUGGACUUCCUUCAGUAAAUUGCAAGCCUGUUGCUGAGCCUUGAUUGGCAAAGUGUGGAUCCAACGCCUAAAGUGAAAGGAAGGAAUGUUAUAUUGGAAUAUGAGGCAGUAGAGUAUUUGGUCCCAGAGAGUCCCACUGGCAACUGAAGGGCAUUCACCGUAAAGAGCUCUCACUCCUCUGUGGCUCAGCUGGCACACGAUGUUAAUAUAAACCAUGACUUAACAUAGGCUUGCCAUAGGUCAGGAAAAUUCCUGACAUGCCCUGGUUUUUGGGUGUAAAAAUGACAUGGGGGGGAAUUUUGCCGAAUUGGCAAAAUGUCAGGGGAAACCCAGAUGUAUGGCUACGCAAUAGAAAAAGCAGCAGAAACCGCUCCGAAAGCUUAAAAUCACAAUUUUUGUGACAGUUUCCCCUAAAAAAGCUUAACAAUUUUGGUGGGUUUCUUUAAAAGAAAAAAUCAGCAGCUUUGCGGGUGUCACGAAUUUUACUUUUUGAAAUAUGGCAACCCUAGCUCAACACAAAUUCACAACUGUGUGGCUCCCUGAGGAAGUACAGUUGCUUUGACCCUCCUUCAGCUGUGCUGAAUUGCUAUGAGCUAAAUCAUGGGUAGGCACACUAAGGCCCAGGGGCCAGAUCCAGCCCAAUCGCCUUCUAAAUCCGGCCCAUGGACGGUCUGGGAAUCAGUGUGUUUUUACAUUAGUAGAAUGUGUGCUUUUAUUUAAAAUGCAUCUCUGCGUUAUUUGUGGGGCAUAGGAAUUUGUUCUCCCCCCCUCCCCCCCGCAAUAUAGUCUGGCGCCGCACAAGGUCUGAGGGACAGUGGACUGGCCCCCCACUGAAAAAGUUUGCUGACCCCUGAGCUAAACUAUGCUUUGGUUUAGCAUGCUGUCCAAACCCAGGGACAUGCUUUGCUUUGUUCCAAUGAACAAACCUCAUUUCACAGCUCAUGGCUUGUCUGGUGCAAGACAAACCAUGAACCUGGGUUCAGACAACAGGCUAAGCCAAGCCGUGGCUUAGCUUGCAGGACCAAAGGAGGAGCAAAGCGGUAGCCAGCUUUUCUCUGCCCAAAGCCAAUCUGGCUUCACAUUACACACGAACCAAAUAAGAGCAUGUCUGCAAGCGCCUCUCGUUUCUGCUGCUGCUACUAGAAACUCUCAGAGCUAGUUUCUUUUGCAGGUGUGCUACGUUUCGGAAGGGCACCCAGCAGACGGCGGUCACUUUCUGCUUCACCCCCUCCAUCAAGCCACCACCUAACCCCUGAAUCGGGUGGUGCACUUUGGAAAGAUGUACGAGGGCCAAUGGGAAGAAUGCGAGACCGUGUGCAAAAGGAAAAAGACCAGAGGAAGUUAAGAGCAAAGGUAAGGGCAGCAGGAUUGCAAGAUGCAGCCUUCUGGGUGAACGGCCGAUAGCCUCAAUAGGCAGGUAAGCAUACCCAACACUGAAGACCCUUCCCAGGUCUCUGGCACUAGGGAUGCAGAUGGUUUAUCUGCUUGCCCAAAGGGGAGGUUGUAAGGUUUUAUUUUUUAAAAAGGGGGGGUGGGAAGCAUGCCCAGAGAUCUGUUAUCUGCUUCAACAUCCACCCUGUGAAUUUGCUAGAGUUGUGAUGUGACACAGACACCCUGGAAAACAAGAGGCAUUCAAUUCUGUUUUGGAUUUGUUACGCGGCUUGAGCAAAGUGCUUUGGCACCUAUUAUCAGCUUUCUAGCCUGUACUUAAGCAGCCAAGUAAUAAAACAGCUUAAAUAAUUCUUCAGCUUUUAUUUCUCUGAUGUGCUGACUUCUGAUGCUUUCCCUUAUCAAAUACCCUCUUCUAAACUGCGUCAGAGUUUGACUGGCUGUUAAUCUUUGCCGCCAUGUUUCUGGAUUGUUUGGCUUUCUAAUUUCUUGAAAAGGAUCUUAUGCCCAGAUUAGCAUUGCAAGAUGCAGCCCAGUACAGGCAAAGGUUUGGUUCAGGCCUUAGCAAAAUUCCUUCCCACAUCUGAUGCUUUGCGGGGGCAGGGGGUCCAGUGGGCCGCAGCCUCCUGGUGCUGUUAGCUAUUAAGUAACUAGCUCUUUGAAAUGUUCAUAUGUGCCUGCUUGGUAUUUUUUAACAUAUAUGAAUUGGCAAUGCCAUAUGCAUUAACAUUCCCAAUAUUAGCUGCAGCAAACAUAGAUCUCACUUUGUGGGGAGACACAUUCAGUUUCAUUUGCCAAUUGCUUUGUUUUUAUGGGUUGUACCCAGUGCUACAUACAUGUAAUUCUGAUGGGAUUAUGAGUCUUGCCCUUCCUUUAUGACCCCCCAGUCUACUCCAGGGGGUUCCCCCAACCCCCGUGGAGCUGAUUUUGAAGGUGUGCAGGGGGAGGAAGGGGAACCUUAGAUGCACACAGAGAAGUCCAUUGGCCCAACAGAACUGCAGUGCUGAAUAUAUUUUUGCUGACACGUAACAAUACAAGCAUCAUCCUGCAAACCUAAACCUCUACUUUGUGGCUGUUCUCUGCACUGGUGGUAUUGGGCUUAAUUGGUGUGAGUCAUACAAGGGCCAAUCUGGCUGUUGGGUCUGUUUCUGAGCACUGUUCCAAUUCCUGCCCCCUACCUUUUUAAAGGGAUGCAGGUGGCGUUGUGGGUUAAACCACAGAGCCUAGGACUUGCCAAUCAUAAGGUCGGUGGUUCGAAUCCCCGCAACUGGGUGAGCUCCCGUUGCUCGGUCCCUGCUCCUGCCAACCUAGCAGUUCGAAAGCACGUCAAAGUGCAAGUAGAUAAAUAGGUACCGCUCCGGCGGAAAGGUAAACGGCGUUUCCGUGCGCUGCUCUGGUUCGCCAGAAGCGGCUUAGUCAUGCUGGCCACAUGACCCAGAAGCUGUAUGCCGGCUCCCUCGGCCAAUAAAGCGAGAUGAGCGCUGCAACCCCAUAGUCGGCCACGACGGGACCUAAUGGUCAGGGGUCCCUUUACCCGUACCUUUUUAAAGCUCUACAUGGUUUGGGACUUUGGUACCCUGCAUUCCUAUGCCUGUGCAUUAAAGCCAACCUUUUUCGGGCCUCCUCUCAGUGCUCUGGCCUUCUGAGAGGAGAGUUGCAGCAACUGGCGAGAGCUGCCCUGCCUUAGCUGUGCUGCAUUUUCUUUGGGGAGGCUCGUCUGGCAGCUGUGUUUUGGGGCCGGUCUAUUUUCCCAGGCCUUGAAAAAUCCCAGACCUUUUAUUCUUCUGUGAAGCUUUUAUACCUUUAUGUUUGGAUUCUGCUUUGGUAUGUUGACUUGCUGUUUUUAUAUGGUUUAAUUGAUGUUUAGCUGCCCUAGGAGUAGAAACGUGGAAAAGUGGCAUAGAAUGUUUUGCUAAAUUGACACACUUGUUGUGGACAUUGACCAGGCUUUGUUUUUUGCCUUCCAGCUCUUGACCAAAGCCUAUGAGGAUGAAUUAAGAGCUUACGAGGCUCGUGAGAAAUUCGAACUGGCAGAGCUGAAAGCCAAGGCGAAGGAAAUUGUAAGGGGGAGCAAAAGAGAAUGAAGGAGUUGGGGGUGGUGUGCCUCUCUUGCACUGGUCUCUGAAUUCCUGGGAUUCUGAGGGUGGGUUUCCUCUCUUUCAAGGUGCAUAGAAAUGCUCCUCUUCCUUGCUCAGAAUCCAGUUGCCGUACAGGAAGAAUUUGGCCCAGUCCGCGUAAAUCUCCUUACAAGUAGCCAGUGGCUAUUUUUGGAAAUGCUUGCCUUUCAGUAACUUGUUCUUCGUGUCUGUCUGCAUCCAGGAACAAAAAUACAAGGAGAAAUUAUUUAAAGAACCUCCAAGAGCCUCGCAAGCAGCAAAGAUUUAUUCUAGAAAAAAUGGUCCUCGGAAUCCCAAACUCAGCCAGUGGAUUUCAAGAGGAGGGUUUGCAAAGCCAAAGAAAGCAGCUCCAAGUAAGAACUACAGAGAGCUCCUUAGUAGAAAGCUUGGCACCUUUUGAAAGCGUCGGCUGAAGGCCAAGAAUACUGGCUUCUUGCCUUAUGACCUCCAUAUGUCUAGACUUGUGUAAGGGAAGCAAAUUCAUGUACCAGUUUCUAACCAAGGGCACACAGCUCAUCCCAACCCCUUUCCCAAAAGCCAUCAGAGAAGCCAAGGCUCCCACCACCACACUCCUCUCUGCUUCGGGAGCUCUUCGGAGUUCAGUGUAGUCACUGGCAAGGGUUUGUUGCUUUAAAAUUAAGCGCCCAAGCAACAUAUGCCAGCCGUGCUUAUACAGCUUGAUGUUCUUCCGAAAGAUACUGAAAGAAUCUGUGCCAAUAUGGGCAAACCUGUUUUCCUUUGCUCCACACCUGUAGCUGACUAGGAAAACAGAGGCUGCAAUUGUGGUGGUCGCCGCAAGAAUGCUGGGAGAGGUUGCUGUCAAAGAAAAGAGCGCGCUCCAUAAAUUGCACGCUCACUUUUCACCUUGCAUGUUCUCCAUUUGCGGUGAAAAGCCACAGUCCAAGCGACUCCAGCUUUGUUGGUCUAGUGUGAUACCUGCAAUAAGUGUGCAGCUCCCUAUUUCGAGGUAUUGCAUGGAGCAAUAUGGUAUUUGAGAGACUGAUUGCACAUUACAUGCACAUGUCUAACAGAAUCUGACAGCUUCUUUUUUUAAAAAAAAAAAGGGAAAAACAGCUUUGAGACAAAGCACAGACAAGGCAAUGUGAGCCUGGGCUUAAAUUUUCCAAUGCCCACCAUUUUUCUGUGCAGAGUUUGUUUCUUCCUGCAGCAAAGUAGCUGGUGGUGUUACAUGCAUGGAACAUAAUAGCUAGGUCCUACCCACACUUUGAGGCAGUUAUUUUUCUUUUUUCCUUUUUAACAAUGCCCUCCAUACAUAUUUAUUCUCCAGGGACAUAGACCUGCAACAUCUUCCUUAGACAAGAUUCUGACAGCUUGAGGACUGGGACCUCAGGCUAUGCUGCCCUGCCUUUGUCUUCCAGAGCUGGGUGGCUGACACCUGCCUUUCUCUCUCUUGCAGUGAAGGUAAAGGAGAACGACCUCUUGCCUCUGCUCCUGGAGGAUUUCCCCCACCUACACAUUUCCCGCCCUGUCAUGAACAAGAUGUGGCACCAGCAGCUGGCACAGAUAGACCACCUGAAGUCAACCUGCAGUAAAAACAAAUUCAAACUGCAGAGUGAAGUGAGUUACUCUGCUCAGGCCAAGGAAGGUCACGGUCUUUUAAAGAUCAGGUGGGGUCGUGUGUACCAGCCAUAUUAGGCUCCAAUCCUAUGCAUGCCUUCCAGAGGUGUGGGAGAAGGAUUGCUUUUGAGUAAAUGCAUAAGAUGGCAUUGCAAAAUGUGCUGAUCGGUACCAGAGUCUUCUGCUUGGUUUUUCUUCGCUGCAGGACUGAUAAGGCUGUAAAGGGGGGGGGGGGGACUUUUCCGGAUUUCACCUGAGCAAAUUCUUUCCACAAGGAGCUAGUUCUGAUGAGAUAAGGAGGUUGGGGCAUAAAAGAGAUGGGAAGCAAAGAAGGAACCGGACCACGCAGCUAGGUACCUUUGUGGCAGGGCUCAACUAACUCCUGCGAGAGAUGAGAGAGGGUGACUGGAGGAAAGCAGAAGGGGAUUUUAGAGCAGCAUGUGCCUUUCCUCUUGGAAGCGGAUCAGCUUUCAGUGUGACUGCCUUCCUGCUCACAGAGGGAGACAGAGCAUACAGAAAGAGUUUCUGAGAGAAACUGUAGAUCCAAACGUGAUGGGUUAAAAAAAGGAGGAAGGGCACUUUUUUUAAAAGGUGUUUCAUGAGUUCAUUAUAGUAUGCAGAAGAUUGACAUGUGCAAAACCAAUAUUAAUCAGGUUUCUUUACUUCCCCCCACUUUUAGGCACUAGAAACAUUGAAAAGGCAUGAACUGCUUGUUGACCUCAUUAAGAAAGAGCAGGCUCAUAACAGGAGACUGGUAUGUUCAGAGAUCUUGCAGGAGGUGGGGCUGGUUAGGGCACCUGCUUGGGACCACAAAUGUUUUUUCUUUGGGGGGGGGGAGACUACUGCACUUAGUUUGGUAGGUCGUGAGUUAUUUUCUCAGAGCAAUGCUUUCAAGUUGGGCGAGCCAGGUCCUCAGACACCCCUAAUUCUGCUGGGUGAAGCAUAUCGCCACACCCUCAUCUAGUUUCGGGAUUUACCAAUUGCUCAGCAGGACAUUGUGCUCGAUAGUCCUGCAGCAAAUGGGAGUGAAAAACUGGACAGCCGAAUUUCUGAAAAACGGCCUUCCCUCCUAAACUCUUUUGUCCAGCUAUAGUUCCUCUAGAUGAAGAUCAAGAAGGGAAUUCUUCUUUUCUGGUCGCUGCACCUAUUUCAGAAAAUAGUUAAUACCUUCUCUCUUCUCCUUAGGGAAACUUGAAUUGUGUUUCUCGGUUUUUGUCUUUAGCAAGAGUUGAAGCAACACAUUAAUCGGCAGAAAUGUGCCCAGAACAAAAUGAAGGAGAGACGACAGCAAAUUGUCCGAGCCAAAAAGUACUACCAGGAUUACAGAGUUCAGCUGCGGGCAAAGAUGAUGAGAGCCAGGACACGCGAGGAACGUGUAAGUUGAGGGGAACCUGCGCUGCAGGAAGGCGGACUCCUGCUCUUCCACCCAGGAAAGUCCAGCUGAGAUUCUAAGGACUGUAUUGAGACUGCAGGCCAGCUUCCAUGUUUUCCAACAUGCUCUGAUCGCAACUGCAUAGCUCCUCCUUCUCCGUGGGCAUCUCUCCCACCACUCUGGUAAUUUAGGAAUGUCUUCAUCAUGCGAGUAGGCUGCCAUCAUAUGGAUAUUUCUUGCACUAGGUGUGCUGGUGCUGUUGGGGUUGUGACACUAGUUUGCAAGGUACCACAUGAUCUAGCUUACCCAUUCCUUGGCAGGGUGGGAUGAGACCUGCCCACUGCAGAUCAGCUUUGUGACGGCGAUAAUACAUAGAUAUUUCCUUUGUAAUUUCCUUUGAGAUUAAGAGCUAGGGGGAAACUUGUCAAGAAAGUAAAAUGAAUUGUGACUUUGUUAGCUUAAGUUCCUACACUACUUUGAGCAUCUCAAAGGUGCCUUUUAGGAACACGCAAAUGCACUUUCACAUAAUGAACCAUGUAAUCACCAAGUCUUAUUUAAUAAGCUAAAAAAAUUAUUAGUUGACACGUUGUAGCUACUGAUCCACGGCCAAGGAAGCAAACCGACUUGACCGCCUGUUGCAAAGCAGGUUACGUUCUCUCGGAAAUAAUAGGUUUGAGCACGACUAGCUUUCUUCACUUGGUCACCUGGGCUGAGGUUUUCUUGAACGGAGCUGUUCUUAUGUUUGCGGCUGCCAUGUUUUGUUUGGCAGAUAUUUAAAAACCUGUUUGAAGAAGGCUUGGAAAUUCAGAAGCAGAGGCUGCAUGAGCUGAGAUCGUAUGCCAAGGACAAGCGAGCUGAGCAAAAGAGAGAACAUCAGGCUGAGCUAGAGGCCAUGGAGUGCUACUAUAAGGACCAGGUAGGCUUGCUUCUUCCUUACAACACAAGGAUAAACUAACAUUAUCUUCACCUAAUUAAUUUGUUUUUCUUGUGCUCUGCUUAGUUUUCAAUGCUGGCAGAAGCUGUUUCUGAAGAACGUCGAGAAAUCCAAACCAGAGAGAAAGCACAGGCAACAGUAAGUCUUAUUGCUCUAAACUUUCUGUCUUGCUGACCAACUACUGGACCAGUGUUUCCCAAAAUCGUCCAGCUGCAGUUGGACUACAUCUCCCAUCAUCACUAGCUAGCAGGACCAGGGGUCAGGGAUGAUGGGAAUUGUAGUCCAAAAAAACCAGCUGGAGACCCAUGUUAGGGAAACCUUGUACUAGACUUAAUCCUAAUGGUCUCUUUCAGACAUUAAACAAAGUGAAACGUGAGCUGAGAUCAAAGAUGGAGAAGGAGAUUAAAGAACUGCAGGACAUGAUCACACGUGAUGAUGAUGAUUCAUUCUUCCGAGAACUGGAAGCUGAUCGCCUAAAAACCAGACUCCUAGUGGCUUCCUUUCAAUAUAGCAAAAACUACCAGUUCCUUUAAGUGUUGGAAUGCCUCUUGUUUCUGGCAAAUAUGCUUUUUAUAUUUAAAAAUGAUACUGGGUGGUACACAACCUGAAGUAUGAAGUUAGUAGCUUGUUUUGCUGCCCAGAAUCCAUAGACAGUGUCAUGGAAAUAUUGAACUGAUAUUUUCAAAAUGAUUUUUUUAAAAACAAAAGACUUUUUCAAUAAAGGUUACCUUCUCAACCGUCAAAACUAAGCUAGUGAAGCUUUCUUCCAGGUUAC